AUGGAGUUUCGUAAGAGAAAGUGGUUUGUCUAUAGUGCUAAAUACAAUGGAAACAAGAACUACUCCAAAGCAGAGAAAACUGGUAAAACAGUAUCAUUGGCCUCUGCAUUUUCCUUGUUUUGUCCACAAAUUUCUGUAGGUUCCAACAGCAGUGAUCUUGAUUCACCCACACAUGUGAAGGUGAAUGUUGAAGUUAAUGAUUUGAGGCAUGGAUUACCAUUUGUGUCGUUCGUGGGGGUCAACCACCAUGGUAAGUCAACCCUUCUCGGUUGUGCUUUGUUGGGGAAUGAAGAAAUCGAAAGUUAUGAGUGGGUUUUUAGCCAAUGGGUGAAGUGCAUGGGAACUACUCCAAAGUGUAUUAUAACCGAUCAAUGUCGAUCUCUUUACCGUGCAAUCAAAAAUACUUUACCCGACAUACGCCACCGGUGGUGCAUCUGGCAUAUUAUGAAUAAGUUACCUUCCAAGCUUGGGGGUUACCGCCGGUACGGAGCUUUAUACGGUGACCUAAAUGAUAUUGUGUGGAACUCUCGGACGGAGGAGUCAUUUGAAGAUGACUGGACUGAUUUUAUAGAUGAGUACAACUUACAUAACAACACAUGGCUGUCAGAUUUGUAUGAUGACCGACGCAUGUGGGUCCCAAUAUAUUUCAAGGGUGAAUUUUGGGCAUCAAUACGGAGUACGCAAAGGAGUGAGAGCAUGCACGCAUUCUACGGUGGAUACUUAUCCAGUAAAACUAGCUUGGUUCAAUUUGUUCAUGAAUAUGACAAUGUGCUUGGAGUCAAGGAGUAG